CCUCGCCCGCCUGUCAUGUGGGCCCCGGCCCGCGGCCUGUGGGGCCCCCGCGCGGGGCUCGGCGUGCUGCUGGGUGGCCGGGGCGCGGGGUGCAGCCUCCUUCCGGGCCGCCCCCGAGGCCUGCAGGGCUCCCCGGUCUCCUGUGGCAGCAAGAACCUGCUCAAGAAAUUCGCCUCAAAAACCAAAAAAAAGUUUUGGUACGAAGGCCCUUCCUUGGGAUCUCACCUGAAGACUUACAAACCAUCCAAGUUGGAGUUACUAACGAAGAAUAUCUCAAAGAAAACCAGGAAGGAAGACCACGUGCGCCUAAGGGCCCUGAAUGGCCUUCUCUACAAAGCCCUGAGGGAUUUGCUAAGCACUUCUGAAGUGAGCCAGGAGGUCUACGACCUGAACGUGGAGCUCUCCAAGGUGUCUUUGACUUCAGACUUCUCAGCCUGCCGUGUAUAUUGGAGGGCAUCUCUCUCUGCUGAACAGAAUGAGCACACCCAUGCCAUCCUACAGAAGAGCGCUGGCUAUAUGAGGCAUCUUCUGAUGUCCCACCAGACCCUGCGGAAUGUGCCACCCAUCGUGUUUGUUCAGGACAGACAGGAUGCGGCUCUGGCCGAGGUUGAUCAGUUACUGGCAAUUGCUGAUUUUGGACCCCCAGAUGGAAAAGAAGACUUGAUACAAAAUGACGUCAGGGAGCCCCCGGACCAGCCACCCCUGUCUGGUGCUGCAGGGCUGGCUGCGUACCCACAUCUGUUUGGGAUUGAUCACGAAGCACUCAACAAGCAAAUCAUGGAGUACAAGAGAAGGAAGGAGAAGGGGCUUGGAUGUGCGAGCCUGGGGCGGUCGGAACAAGUGCGGGAGCAGCUGGCCGAGCUGGUGAGGCAGACAAAGAGGAGGAAGAAGAAAGCAAAGCCCCCUGUCCACGACAUCUCCCCCAAGAGUUUCCUGUUGGGUGGAGAGAGUGAGGACAGUUUGGACGAUGAUGAAGAUCAUGUGUGGCUCGAGGAGGGCACCCCAGAGUGUGGAGGACUGGAGGUGGAGACAGGCAAUUGCAAGCAGGGGUCAGGGGAGUGAGUCUGUGAGGUCGGCCCUGCUCUCAGGCUCCCACGUCAGCCUGAUGCACGCCAGCAGCCCCUGGGGUCCGUGCACACGCUGUGUUUAUGGCAUACGACCUCAGCUUCGACAACAAAUGAAAAAGCAGAUGUUGAUGUUGCAGGUAGAAAGCACUGUACCACCUCUUCAACGGACGUGAAGCACAAGUGAGGCACUUUAUAAAAGCAGUGCUCUCGGGGAGUUGUCUGCCGUUCUGCUAAUUAAAUGUGCUGUAGCUUUUCCCUGUAUUUAAGUGUCAUGUCCUAGAGACAGAAGACUUAGAGUUACUGUUUCUUCUCCAAUACUCAGACUCAAUUGAAACAUUUUUUUUUUUAGAAACAGCCAUCUUAUUACAAAGAUUCAAACUAAUAAAGGUCACUUACCUGGAUCCCCACAGAGGGGGCCAUGGGGCAGGACCUGGGAUACAUGUGGGUCUGGGCUUGGGGCCAAGCUGCCAGCAAGUCAUCUGUCCUGGGAGCAGACCCCACCAACCCCAGCAGGUUGUCUGUGAGGAGCAGAUCCCCUCCGCACAGGUCAUCCAAGAAGCAGACUCCCCCCUCCAGGCAAGUUACCUGUGUGGAAUAGACCCUCCAGCCAUUUGUCUGUCCAAAAAGCAGACUACCCCAUCUGGUCAUCUGUCCAAGGAACAGAUCCCCCUACACACAAGUUGCCUCCCUGAGGCACACACAUAGGUCAUCUGUUUGAUGAGCAGAUCCUCCACAACAGGAUGCCUGUCUGAGGUGCAGACCCCCCGCUCCAGGUCAUCUGAGGAGCAGACCCCCCCCGCCACAGGUCACCUGUCUGAGAAGCAGACCCCUCUAGUCCCAGGAGUAGGCCACCCCCACAGGUCAUCUGAGGAGCAGACCAAACUGCUGUACCCUUGUACCCCCUGCAACUCAUGUCCAGCCUGAGGUGUCAUUACCGAUAGGUGGCACAGGCAGGUGGAAGCUCUAAAGAAAUUUCACAUAACUAGCAGGCCCUGUGGCGGUAGAUCAACAGGGGUCUGAGACCACAGCAGGCUGGGCUCCCUUACUUUGGACAGGACCUGCAGUCAUCCAUUCCAGAGCAGAUGAUUGCAGUGGUUUCAGGUCCUGGCUUUGGCUGUCACUAUGACAAAUUACCAACUCACUGGACUUGGUAUCUUCAUCAGUAAAAUGGGAACAGCAACAGCCCUUACCUCACAGGGGUGUUGAAAGAACACAUAAUUUUUAAAGCUCUUACAAGAGCGUUUGAGACACUAAUGGCUCAAUUAGUGUCAGCUACUAGUAUUGUAGAAACUCUGGUGGCGUAGUGGUUAAGUGCUAUGGUUGCUGACCAAAAGGUCGGCAGUUCGAAUCCGCCAGGCGCUCCUUGGAAACUCUAUGGGGCAGAUCUACUCUGUCCUAUAGGGUCUCUAUGAGUCGGAAUCAACUCGAUGGCACUGGGUUUGGUUGGUUUUUUUUUUACUGGUAUUGUGGAAACCCUGGUGGCAUAGUGAUUAAGUGCUACAGCUGCUAAUGAAGAGGUCGGCAGUUCAAAUCCGCCAGGCGAUCCUUGGAAACUAUGGGGCAGUUCUACUCUGUCUUACAGGGUCGCUAUGAGUCGGAGUCGACUCCAUGGCAGUGGGUUUGGGUUUUGGACUGGUAUGGAGUCCCUCAGUGGUGGGAACAGUUAAGCGCCUGACUACUAGACUAACAACCUGUGAUAGGCAAAUGACACACAACCUUGCUUAGUGAAACCAAGAGGACUUGAAGCACUUACUGAUGAAGAUCAAAGACUAUAGUCUUCGGUAUGAAUUGCACCUCAACAUAAAUACAACAAAAAUCCUCACAACUGGACCAAUAAGCAAUGUCAUGAUAAUCUGAGAAAAGAUUGACGUUAUCAAGGAUUUCAUUUUACUUGGGUCCACAACCAGCAUCCGUGGAAGCAGCAGUCAAGAAAUCAAACAACCUCUUGCAUUUGGGCCAAUCUGCUGCAAAAGACCUCUUAAAAGUGUUAAAAGCAAAGAUACCACCUUGGAGACUAAGACGCACCUGACAAAAGGCAUAUUUUCAAUCGCAGUUCCCUGUUGAUACACUGCUGCAGCCACUUUUGAGUGAUCUUCAGUAGAAUUUUACUUGAAUGUGAUAUUGUUUGAUGAUUUCCUCAUUCAGUUGGAUCACCUUUCUUGGGAAUAGGCGUAAAUACAGAUCUCUUCCAAUCUGGAGAAAACAGUGAUCCCCAGCAUACCCAUCACCCACCUUCAACAGUUGACAAUGUAUAGCUUGUUAGGUGCUGUCGUAGAUUGAAUAGUGUGCCCCAAAAUUAGUGUUUCUUCAGCUAGGCCAUGAUUCCCAGUAUUGUGUGAUUGUUCACCAUUUUAUCAUCUAAUGUAAUUUUCCUGUGUGUUGUAAAUCCUACCUCUAUGAUGUUAAUGGAGUGGAAUAGGAGGCAGUUAUGUUAAUGAGACAGGACUCAAUCUACAGGAUUGGAUUGUGUCUUUUGAUACAUAAAAGACAGAAGCAAGCAGAGAGACGGAGACCUCAUACCACCAAGAAAGCAGUGCUGGUAGCAGAGUGCAUCCUUUGGACCUGGGGUUCUUGCACAGAGAUGCUCCUAGUCCAGGGGAAGAUUGAAGACAAAGACCUUCCUCCAGAGCAGAUGGAAAAAGCCUUCCACUAUAGCCUGACACCCUGAAUUUGGACUUCAGCCUACUAGACUGUGAGAGAAUAAACUUCUGUUUGUUAAAGCCAUCCAUUUGUGGUAUUUCUGUUAUAGCAGCACUAGAUGGCUAAGACAGGUGCCAUUGAGUUGGCUCUGACUCAUAGUGACCUUAUGUACAACAGAACAAAACACAGCCUGGCCCUGUGCCAUCCUCAUAAUCGUCAUUACGCUUGAGGCUGUUGUUGCAGCUCCUGUGUCAGUGCAUUUCAUUGAGGGUCUUCCUCUUUUUCACUGGCCCUCUUCUUUGCCAAGCAUGAUGUCCAUCUCCAGGGACUGAUGCCUCCUGAUAACAUGUCCAAAGUAUGUGAGACAUAAUCUCACCAUCCUUGCUUUUAAGGAGCAUUCUGGCUGUACUUCUUCCAAGACAGAUUUGUUCGUUCUUUUGGGAGUCCGUGGUAUAUUCAAUAUUCUUCACCAACACCGUAGUUCAAAAACAUCAAUUCUUUGAUCUUCCAUAUUUAUUGUCCAGCUUUUGCAUGCAUAUGAGGCUAUUUAAAACACCAUGGCUUGGGUCAGGCACACCUUAGUCCUCAAAGUGACAUCUUUGCUCUUCAACACUCUAAAGAGGUCUUGCAGCAGAUUUGGCCAAUGCAAUGCAUCUUUUGGUUUCUUGACUGCUGCUUCCAUGGGCAUUGAUUGUGGAUCCAAGUAAGAUGAAAUCCUUGACAACUUCAAUUUUUCCUCUGUUUAUCAUAAAGUUGCUUAUUGGUCCAGUUGUAACGAUUUUUGUUUUCUUUAUAUUGAAGUGUAAUCCAUACUGAAGGCUAUAGCCUGAUUUUCAUCAGUAAGUUCUUCAAGUCCUCUUCACUUUCAGCAAGGAAGGUUGUGUCAUCUGCAUAAUGCAGGUUGCUAAUGAGUCUUCCUCCAAACAGGUAAACAUACGAAAGUAUGGAGAAUAACAAUGAUUCCCUGCAUACCCAUCACCUACUUUCAACAGAGGACAAUUUAUGGCUAAUCUGGUUUAAUCCGUAACUGCCCCUUACACCCGUUAUUUUCAAACAAGUCCCAGGUGUUGUAUCAUUUUGACUGUAUGUAUUUCAGUAUGUAUGUGGUAUCUCUAGUAGAAGACAGGGACGGUUAGUUUUAAAGCAGAACCACAGCACCACUAUUAUAUCCAGAGAGUGUUGCAUCCCCCAACUGACCAGUCUCAAUCUGAAUCCAAUAAGGCCCACAUCACAAUUCGUUGGUGACUCUCUCAAAUCCGUUUAGUCUUUGAGUUCUCCCCUUUAUUUUAUUUUUUUAAAUAAUUUUUAUUGUUGAAAUGAAGCCCUGUAGAGUUUCCCACAGUCUGAGUUUUGCAUCCCCUUAGUAUUGUAUAAAGUCCUGGUGGCACAGUGGUUAAGAGCAAUGGCUGUUAACUAAAAGGUCAGCAGUUCGAAUCCACCAGCUGCUCUUUGAAAAUCCUAUGCGGCAUUUCUACUCUGUCUUAUUGGGUUGCUAUGCGUCAGAAUCAAUUUGAUGGCAACAGGUUUGUUUUUUUGUUUUUUAGUGUUGUAUAAUGUGUUCUUCCAUCCCCUGUAUUUCCUGCAAACAGUAUUCCCGAAAUAAGCUUUUCUUUUAUAGAAUGCUGUUUGUUCUUAUUCCUGGAGAGGACUUUAAACUUAUUUUUAAGUGCUAGUCCGUUCAAUGACAAGUUUUAGGUGUCUUCCUUCUCUGGCUGUAAACGUUUCACAGUGCGCUGCUGCUCUGGUAGCUGCAGUGCUUAGCAUGCGUUUGGCGUUUACUGUUGUGCCAAGUGUGUAGUGAGUGCUCUGUGAAUGUCAGAAGUUAUUGUAUCUGUUACAGGUGCAGGAGGGAGAGACCUGGAAAUGAAGGGACCACUGCCUCACGGCCACAUCUCUACAUGGCCGCCCUAUGGCCAUAGUUAUUACCCAGAACAUGAAAUGAUAGGCUGGGAGAUCAACCUAAACUGGCGCUGACCUCUCUGUCAGUGGCGAGGUGUGUGCUGACCACAGGAUGCUGAUUGGUCAGUUGGCGGGAGCAGGUUCCUCAGAGCAACCUGGUGCUCAGGCUACAGACCCUCCCAACACAGAACAGGUUUCCUCCUGCCCUUAUGCUAGGCACCCACAUAAGCAAUUUUUUUGUCUUUUUUUUUUUUUUUUAAUAAUUAUUGUACUUCAGAUGAAGGUUUACAGAGCAAAUUAAUUUCUCAUUAAACAAUACAUAUACUGUUUUGUGUCAUUGGUUACCAGCCCCACAUGUCAACACUCUCCCCUUUUCUACCUUGCAUUCUCCGUUACCAUCUUUCCUGUCCUCUCCUGCCUUCUCAUCCUUUCUUCAGGGCUGGUGUGCCCAUUCAGUCUUGUUUUGUUUUAUGCGCCUGUCUAAUCUUUGGCUGAAGGGUGAACCUCAGGAGUGACUUCACUACUGAGCUGUAUGAGUGUUGAGGGGCCCUACUUUUGGGGUUUCUCCAGUCUCAGACCAGUAAAUCUGUUUUUUUUUUUUUCUGUAAGUUUGACUUUUGUCCUACGUUUUUCCCCAGCUCUGUCCAGGAUCCUCUAUUGUGAUCCCUGUCAAAGCAGUUGGUGGUGGUAGCCAGGCACCAUUUGGAUGUGUUGGACUCUGUCUGGUCGAGGCCGCAAUAGCUGUGUUCCAUUAGUCCUUUUGAUUAAUCUUUCCCUUGUGUCUUUGGUUUUCUUCAUUCUUGCUUGCUCCAGAUGGGGUGAGACCCGCGGAGUAUCUUAGAUGGCCACUCACAAGCUUUUAAGACCCCAGAUGCUACUCACCAAAGUAGAACGUAGAACAAUUUCUUUAUAAACUAUGUUAUGCCAAUUGAGCUAGAUGUUCCCCUGAGACCAUGGCCGCCAGAUUCCUCAGCCAAGUAAUGUGGUCCCUCAUGGAAUUUGGAGGUGUCUAUGGAGCUUCCAUGACCUUGCCUUGGACAAGUUGUGCUGGGUUCCCCAGUACUGUGUACUGUCUUACCCUUCACCAAAGUUACCACCUAUCUAUUGUCUAUUUAGUGUUUUUCCCUCCCACCUCAUCCCUCCCUUGUAACCAUCAAAGAUUGUUUCUUUUUGUGUGUAAACCUUAUCAUGAGUUUUUAUAAUAGUGCUCUCAUACAAUAUUUGUCCUGUUGUGAUUGGCUUAUUUCACUCAGCAUAAUACCCUCCAGAUUCAUCCAUAUUGUGAGUAGCUUCACAGAUUCAUCAUUGUUCUUUAUCGUUGUAUAGUAUUCCAUGGUGUGUAUGUACCAUAAUUUGUGUAUAUAUUCAUCUGUUGAUGGACACUUAGGUUGUUUCCAAACUUUUGCUAUCAUGAACAAUGCUGCAGUGAACAUGGGUGUGCAUGUGUCUAUUCAUGUGACAGCUGUUAUUUCUCUAGGAUAUAUUCCUAGGAGCAGGAUUGCUGGAUCAUAUGGUAUUUCUAUUUCUAGCCUUUUAAGGAAGCACCAUAUCGUUUUCCAAAAUGGUUGUACCAUUUUGCAUUCCCAGUAGCAGUGCGUAAGAGUUCC